AUGCUCAACAUUAACGAACGUGUGGAUAGCCUUAUCCAGUGGAUCAACAAUGCCCACAAUGCAUCACUCAAGCUGUCCAAUGCCUCAUACAUUUCACCAAAACUUAUAGUCAAGCAUUCCGACGACUCUGGUCGUGGUCUUUACGCUGCAGACUCCAUUGGUGCCAAUGAGCGCCUAGUGAGGAUCCCUCCGCUGUUUCUAAUGAACUUUACCACUGUUCUUGCACACAUCACAAAGCAUAAUCCAGAGAUUACUCUCACCGAGCCAUAUUAUGCAAAUAUCUAUGUGCCUCCAACCGUGGAUGACUCCGUUGGCAAAUUAUACUCGAAAUUGAAUCUUUCGUCACUUUUGGAACUUCUGUCCUUCCAGCUUCUUGCCAUGUUUCUCGUUCUCGAACGUUCCAGAGGCACCCUGUCUUACUGGAAACCAUUCAUCGAUAUGCAACCAGAAAUCAGCGAGUUGGGGUUGGCUCCCGUCAUUUGGAAGGUGUUAGAUGUGGCCAAUUGUGACCUUUUGUGGCGGAUGCUUCCGCGGUCUGCCCGGAAACAUGCUGAAGCUGUGGUUGCGAGGUUUGACAAAGACUACUUGACGAUUCAACAAAAGCUUCCACUGGUGGGACAGCAAAUAUCUAGAAAUAACUUUCUUUGGGCGUGGAUGUGUAUUAAUUCUCGUUGUUUAUAUAUGGAGAUCCCUCAGGCCAAGGAUGCAAGUGAUAAUUUCACGUUGGCACCCUACGUGGAUUUCCUUAACCAUCUGAAUGACGACCAAUGCGGAAUCAAAAUUGACACACUCGGCUUUCAUGUGAUGACCUCGUGCAAGUAUCUUCCAGGGGAGGAACUUUACUUCAGCUAUGGCCCUCACUCCAACGAAUUCUUGCUCUGUGAAUACGGUUUCAUGUUGCCUGAGAAUAAGUGGAACUAUAUUGACAUCACAGAUUUCAUCAUACCUAUGCUUCGGCCAGCACACGUGGAAUUUCUUAAGAUCUGGGGUUACUAUGGCGAGUACACUGUCAACAAAUCUGGGAUGUCAUUUCGAACAGAGAUUGCGUUGGCGACGCUCCAGGAGACUUCACCCCAGGAUUCUCGAAGACUCAAGGUAUUUAUAGACGGAAUUUCAGAUGGUCAAGUUUAUUCUCAUAGACUGAGGGACUUGCUCCGCAAAAUAUUGCAGAAGCUUAUUAAUGAUAGCGAAAGGAAGCUAAGCAGCCAAGGCGAGUACGACGAAGAAACAUUGAGAAGAAUUACUGCUGUCCAAUCUUUAUUCAAAGAUAUCCAGGAAAUUUCACUGAUUGCUUUGUCGGAAUAA